UCCGACCAUCGGGUGAAGCAGAUCCGCCAUUUUGGAGGAAUGUAAGAGCCACUAUCAACUUAAAAGUGGGUGAAUAUCUCGCAAGUAUACAUACUGCUGAUAAAUUACCUAUCACUAUUUCAUACUUUGAUAUUUUAUGUUUAUAUUGAUACCAAUACGUUGCCAAAAAAAUUAGUUCGUAAUUCAAAAUUUAUGCUCCGAAAUGAACCAUGCUGCUGUGGAAAUUGAUAAAAAUUGGAAAAAUAAUUGACAGCACUGCAUUACACUAGAGACUUCCCAUACAAGUGGUGAAAAAAUUGAACUGAUUUAAGUGGUGUGGAAGAUCUAACACCUGUUUAGUGUAUUCUCCAAGAAAGAAGCGAGAUUUUUCGAAGGACAUUUCUGAGUAUCGAAAAGGUUUUGGUUCACACGCCUUUUCCUGUUUUUGCUCGAAAUACAACAAUGAAUCAACAUAAGACACCAGCUCCUAGUCGUGCCAGGGUCUACGCUGAUGUCAAUACAAAUAGACCAAGAGAGUAUUGGGACUAUGAGUCACAUACAGUAGAAUGGGGACAGCAAGAUGACUAUCAAAUAGUACGUAAACUAGGCCGUGGAAAAUACAGUGAAGUAUUUGAAGCCAUCAAUAUCACAAACAAUGAGAAAUGUGUAAUAAAAAUAUUAAAGCCUGUAAAAAAGAAGAAAAUAAAAAGAGAGAUUAAAAUCUUGGAGAAUCUUCGUGGAGGAACAAAUAUCAUCACACUUCUAGCCAUAGUUAAAGACCCUGUGUCUCGGACUCCAGCUCUAGUAUUUGAGCAUGUCAACAACACAGACUUCAAGCAGCUCUAUCAGACCCUAACGGAUUACGAUAUACGCUUCUAUCUAUUUGAACUUCUCAAGGCACUAGAAUACUGUCACAGUCAGGGUAUUACUCACAGAGAUGUGAAACCUCAUAAUGUCAUGAUAGAUCAUGAAAAUAGAAAGCUACGUCUUAUAGAUUGGGGACUAGCAGAAUUCUACCACCCAGGGAUGGAAUACAAUGUUCGUGUAGCCUCAAGAUAUUUCAAGGGCCCAGAAUUACUUCUAGACUAUCAGAUGUAUGACUAUUCACUAGACAUGUGGAGCUUAGGAUGCAUGUUCGCCAGUAUGAUAUUUAGAAAAGAACCAUUUUUCCAUGGCCAUGACAACUAUGACCAGUUGGUUCGCAUAGCAAAAGUCUUAGGAACUGAUGAACUGUAUGAAUAUAUAGACAAAUAUCAAAUACAAUUAGACCCUAGGUUUAACGACAUAUUAGGAAGACAUUCUAGGAAACGCUGGGAACGUUUCGUACAUAGUGAAAAUCAACACCUUGUCAGCCCAGAAGCCUUAGAUUUUCUCGACAAACUUUUACGCUAUGAUCACCAGGAAAGACUGACAGCUAGAGAGGCCAUGGAUCACCCAUAUUUCUAUCCAAUAGUAAAAGAUCAAGGUCGUUUGUCCUCAAUGUCAGGUCAUAAUUCACCUACAGUUCAAGGCCAGAUGGGAGUGACGGCAGUAGUAGGUGCAAGUUCUCCUGUGAUACCCAGUGUUUCCCCCGCCCCACCUAGCGCACCCUCCGGCACCUAAUACACCCCAGAGCCAUCUAUAGGACAUCAACAGCAAUCUGGGAUGGAAUCAGCCAAUGCAGCAAGUCGGCCUAUUAUAGAAUUUUUGUAUCUGUAGAAUUAAUAUGGGCAGGUUUGCAUCGACUCUGACAAAGACAAUAGAUAUGGGAGCAGAUGGAAAUCUGUCCGUGAUAUCUUGUGGUAUAUCAUUGGCGUAGUAAUUCAUGACAUAGUUACAGUACUUAUGGAGUAAUCAAUGCAGCUGGGACUACUUGAUGCAAGGCAUUUACUUCAGCUGAUGAUGCCUUAUGACAUGGGAAAGGACAAUGAAAUAGUUCCGGCGGUACUGAACAAACUGAACAAAUAUUUGGAGAUCUUUAGUAACCUUGUGCAGUGCAUUGGUCCAUUAUGACUUCAUAGUUUGUUAAAUGUAAGAGGGUGCAAAGACUCCAUCUCUUAAGCUGUACUCCAUGAUAAAGGAUAGACCAUUAGACUUAACAAGGGGUGAAUGAAGCUAUAAUGUAUUUCUUCCAGGAAUAAAAAAUGGAAUGGAUUAUUUAUCAAUUGAGUCCAGUGGUUGCAUUUACAAUGCUGUAUUGCCUUCUCAUAAAACCCAAAGUUUUAUGAUAUACUGGAAUGUGGAGAAUGCAAAUGGUUGACAUUCUUUCUCUCUAAAAUGGUGGCUUAAAAGUGAAGGAAUAAUUCUGUACUGGCAUGAAAGUGGUUGCCAUAUACUGAAAUAUCAUAGGACAGUUGCAUUACACUUUGAAAGUAAUAAAGUGUCACAUAAUGCCAAAUUCAAGCACUAAACAUAGCCAAGUGUAUCUUUAUCUCGACUGAAGGACAUCCUAAGUAUUAAGAUUUAACCAAUUUCCAUGUGGAUGAAGUCAUCAUUAUGUGUAUAGAUGAUGAAGUCAUCAUUACAUGUGCAGAUAAUG